CGGGAAGCCGCGCCGUUUUUGACAUAUCAGCCGCUGCUGCAGCCGGGCGCGGGCCAGCAGCCGACCGCAGGUGAGGGAAGGCGCGUCACAGACCGCGGCGAGACCCCCCGACGCCGCACACCGCUAUCCGGCGUCAUCGCCUCAACCGCGCGUGCCGUCUCUUUCUUCUUCCUCGUGCUGGAAGCGCCGGCCUCCUGGUGCAGAGUCGCCGGCGGAAGAGACGUCUCGGAGGAGAUCUCUUGCUUUCCCCGUCCGGACCCACGCCGCGGCGAGAGCUAGCGACGGUGCCGCCGAGUGCCUGCGGUCCUUCUGUGCGAGCGGGCAACGCGUGGUGUGCGUGUGAGGCGUUGAGCGGUGCUGGGACGCCGCGCCGAUCGGUGGUGACUUGAACCGGCGGAAGGCCUGCGCCUGCCAUGUCGUCGACCAAGAGCAAGAUCUGCCUGGGCGCCUUCUCGGCCAUCUGCAGCAUCGUCCUGCUCGUCGGAGUGCUGGGACACAUCUACUUUCCCACCAUCAUGCGCGGCAAGGUCGCCCAGCAACUUCAGCUCAAAAACGGCUCAGAAACGCUCGAGAAAUGGAGCAACGUCACGGUUCCCAUCUACAUGUCAUUCCACAUGUUCAACAUCACAAACCCGGAGGAAUUCGGAGCCGGCGAACGGGCCGUGGUCAAGCAAGCGGGCCCUUACGUGUACAGGGAGUACCGGAAAAAGGAAAUCCAGGGCUUCGACGAAGAGCUCAACACGGUGCAGUAUUUCGACCGAAAGACCUUCGUGUUCGAGCCGUCGAUGUCAGCCGGCACUGAGGACGACAUGGUCAACGUCAUCAACGUGCCCGUAGCGGCGAUCGCCGCGCUUACCCGGAAGAAGGUUCCCGAGGUGGCCGCGCCGCUCAUCAUGCCCGUCCUGGACUCGAUGAUCCGCAAGCACAACGAGACGCUAGCCACUAGGCGCAGCAUUCGCGAGAUCCUCUUCGAAGGCUACCAGGUGGGGCUCAUGCGGGACCUGAUCCGGCUGGCGAAGGCCUUUCUGCCCAAGCUGGAGAACCCGCUCAAGAACAACACGUUCGGACUCUUCUUCGAGAGGAACAACAGCCAUGACGGCCUGUACUCCGUGUACACCGGAGAAGACGAUCCUGCGAAAUUCGCCAAGCUAGAACAGUGGAACAACCAAAGGACUCUCAAAUACUGGGCCGGACCCACCUGCAACAUGAUCAACGGGACCGACGGGGGCCAAUUCGCACCUUUCCUUUCCAAGGACAGCACACUGUACGUGUUCUCGACGGAUCUGUGCCGGUCCAUGUACUUCCGCUACGAGAAGGAAACCGAGGUUCAUGGCAUCCGUACCUGGCGCUUCACCAUCCCGGCGUCGCUGUUCGAGUCUGCUGACAUCCGCGAGGAGAACCGCUGCUUCUGCCUCACCGCACCCGUGUGCCCCAAGAGCGGCAUCACGCACGUGGCCGCCUGCCGCAAGGGGGCGCCCAUCGUGCUCUCUUCGCCGCACUUCUACCACGGCGACGAGGCCUUCGUGCGCGCCGUGAACGGACUCAGGCCCGUCAAGGAGAUGCACGAGACCUUCCUCGACAUACACCCGCUGACGGGUCUUGUAAUGCGGGCAUCGAAGAGGCUUCAAAUCAACGUGGAUCUCAAGAGCAACGACAGACUGGCGUUGUUGAAGAACGUGCAAGACACCAUAUUUCCGGUCGUCUGGAUUGAAGAGCGGGCAGAGCUUGCUCCUUCCAUGGCAGAAGAGUUCCGGCAGAAGGUCGAGUUGCCGCAGAAAGUGGGCAACGCAACGAUAGCGACUGGCCUCAUCAUCGGUGGCAUCGGCUCUUGCAUUUGCGCCAUCAUGGUGUUCAUCUUUUACAUGCAGGGCAAAUCCAGGACGGCUGGCAUCAGUUCCGAACAGAUGAACGGACUGAAGAAAGUUCCACGCGCGUAGCCUUCAUAAUUUUAUUCUUUCGACGUGCUUACGUGACAGUGUGACAAGCCUCACCGUAGUGCCGCACACCGUCGCCUGGUCGUCAGCUCGUUGCACCGCCACCGGAUGGACGGCUAGAGACUUUUUCAGUAGUGAGGGGACACUAGCACGCUUCAUCGAGUUUGUGCGACUGCUCACGGUACAUAGUUCGAAAAUGAGUGAAGAGCACGCACGCCCAUGCCAGAGUGUAAACUUAGUCAACGCAUCACACUUUGAGUUUGUGAGUACAUUUUGUUUCAUGUUUGCGAUAAACCACCGCCGUCCAAUAUGCAUCGUGGGAGCGAAAACGAACGAGAUUCAUCACCUCAAGAACUUGAAGCAAUGCGACCACUGCUUAAAGUGAACCGACUCAACGACUUUGUGCCACGCUGACGAUGUUUUGUGAACGCUCGACGGGCAUGGCAGAGUAGCUGCGUUAACAGCAGCGAUUUUCCGCUCUUCCCCACCACACUCGCCGCCCCUUCACGAAGCUAGCUAGUAGGCUUAUGGCUGAGGCUGAGCCUUAUGGCUGAGAGCCUUAUGGCUGAGAGCCUUAUGACAGGGACCAACACUUCAAGAUGUACAAAAAAACAGUGACCGUUAUGUACCGUUCAGUGGUACUCAAUGGUCGUUUUGUGAUCACUGCUCGUGAUAGCCCUUCCCUCAGCCAAGUUGGAUAUGUACGAAAGUGCGCGUGGCAUCAGGCAUAGCGAGUUCACUACACCGCGCUCUCACCUCCGUGAACUCGCACAGCCUUCCGCUGCUGAGCAGUCAGUUCUUGCAAACAUGUCAUUAUUUUCGUUAAUGAUGAUGACAAUAAAGUUGUUAUCGUUUGGA